AUGUUUAGACAGGUAUUGAAAGUUUCCCAUAGAAGAGUUGUACCCUCUAUUGCUCGUACAACCAGACUUGUUCCCGUCUUACGCAGGCCAAGUCCUAAUUUGUGUAUCUCCACCAGAUCAUAUGCUUUUUCCACCGAAGGAGAAGCUUUUGAUGAUAAGGUGGAUUCCUUAUCGUUAGGACAAUAUAAUAAUAUUUCCAAUGAAUACUUGGAAACGUUAGCUGAUGAGUUAGAAAUGUUAUCAGAAGAUUAUCCUCAGAUUGACUGUGAAUUAACGCAAGGUGUCAUGACCUUAUCAGUGCCACCAAACGGCACUUACGUUAUUAACAAACAGCCACCAAACAAGCAAAUUUGGUUGAGCAGUCCAAUAAGUGGACCUAAAAGGUACGAUUUGAUAGGUGGUAAAUGGAUCACGUUGAGAGAUGGGUCUGCUUUGACAACCCUCCUAGAAGAAGAAAUAUCAGUUGCAUUAGAAGGGGCAUUCCACUUCGAGGGCAUUGAAAACUAA